GUUGUUCUCAUUAUUAAUAUUCAUGUCUUUUUCAAAAAUUACGAAUACCAAAUAUUGCUCCAGCAAUUCAGCUAUUUAAGAACUUAAGUGCUCAUUUAACGAGUGUAUCAUCUAUGUCUACAAUGGAAAUCUAUCUCAUCACUUCCAUAGCCCUUGCCACUGUAAUCUUCUUUCUUUUUAAGUUUAUUGCAACCCGUAAGACACCCAAGAGAAACCUCCCUCCUGAGCCAUGGGGACUUCCCAUCAUCGGACACAUGCAUCAUUUGAAUGGUACGUUGUCACAUCGUGGUAUUACAAACUUAGCCAGGAAGUAUAGUACUUUUUUGCAUCUACGAUUUGGCGAGGUCUCCACAAUCGUGGUGUCCCCCCCAAAAUUGGCCACAGAUAUCAUCUUUUCUCCCUAUGGUGAGUACUGGAGGCAAUUGCGUAGGCUUUGCACCAUGGAGCUCUUGAGUGCCAAGAAAGUGAAGUCUUUUCCGUCUCUUCGUGAGGAGGAGUCAUGGUAUCUUGUUCAAGAUAUUCGAUCAUCAGGGAUGUGUUUGGAGCUGGUGCGGACACUGCUAAAUGGAAAAGAAAAGAUCCAAGAAGAAGAUAUUCAAGAUCUCAGCUACUUAAACCAAGUAAUCAAAGAAACAUUAAGGGACCCAGAAUACUGGAAUGAUCCUGAAAGUUUUAUACCAGAGAGGUUUGAAAACAAUCCCACUAAUAUCCUCGGUGAAGACUAUGAGUAUCUACCAUUUGGGGCUGGGAGAAGAAUGUGA